AAUACUUUAGUAAGAGGCUGGCAGCAGAGGGCUUCUCUAUGUCAAAGGUUCUUUCUUUCUGCGCGGCAAUUCAUCAAACAGGUGGAGGUGGAGAGGUUGUUCGCAAAACAUUAGAGCAUAUGUAAUCUAGUAGCAGAUACUGCUGAAAGAAAGAAACACGUACUGCCCGCUGGGAUUCUUUCUUUUUCUUUGUUUGGAAUUGGAGAUAAAAGCUAUUUCCUGAUAACUUCCUACUCUCCCUUCCUUGUUUCACCACUAUAUGCACCUUCCUUCUCUUCUUCCACCACGCAAACGCAUUCAGGACUGUUCGCAGACGCUCUCUACUCAAACUCUUCUCAGUACGGUUAAAAUGCAAAAUAUAAGGAAUUCUAUUCUGAGUUAUUUGAGGGUUAGAGUGUGUAUGAAGGACUGGCGCUUUGCUGAAGAUGUAAAUCCACUCUCCAGACUUGGCCGACGGCUGUGUACAUUCACACAUGCCAGCCAAGAUCAAGUAAUGGCCCGAGUCAUCAACCUGGUCAAGAAAUUUGACAGCAUUGAUGCCACUAAGGUUACGGAAACAGCUGAUUUCCAGAAGGACCUGUGUCUUGACAGCUUGGACAGAGUUGAGCUAGUUAUGGCUUUGGAGCAAGAGUUCUCUGUUGAGAUCUCUGAUGAGAAAGCGGAUAAGCUUACUUGCUGUGCUGACGUUGCAGAAUACAUUGUUUCUACAGCUGAUCAGAAGAUUACGGAAAAUCCCUGAUUGGAUUCUUGA